UGUACCCAUUCUAGCACUAGAGGAGGAAAGGUAAACAGAGUCACGCCAUUGAAGAGCGGAGUGCUAAGAAGCAGAAGAGGAAGGAAAGUGAUAAUAAGCAGAAGAAAGAGGAGGACAUACGAAGCGAUAGAAAGCGGAACAGGUCAAGAGAAGAAGGAAAAGUAGAAGGACAAAAGAAGAAGAAGGGUGUAGAGAGAUUUCGAAGUCUCUCCUCCAUGCUUUGCUGUUUGCUUCUGGACUCAGCGGAAGGAACAGCAUUUGAGAAUGUCGGUGACCACGAAGAAGAAGCAUGUUGAGCGUGAGCUAUACGAAGAUUUCAGUCUUCCGCAAGAACACCAGUCCAUUGUGAGGGUCCUGAAACCAUGUGGAAACAAUCUCCAUCAGGUAACAACAGCUGAUGGGGAUGUGUUUCUGGCUUCCAUGCCACAUAAGUUCCGUAAACAUGUUUGGAUCAAGCGUGGCGACUACGUGGUGACUGAGCCCAUCCCGGAAGGAAAUAAAGUGCGGGCAGAGAUUGUACGCAUUUUGAUGAAAGAUCACAUACGACACAUCAUAGCAAAUAAUAUGUGGCCAGCUACCUUUUCAGGACAAUGUGAUGAAGAGAAAGACAAACUGUGUAAUGUUCCACAAGAGAUCAGUGGCAGCAAGGACAGUCUAAGUGAUUCUGAUAACGAUGAUUUGAUGAAAAAUCCAAAUCGACCCAGAGUGGUGCCAGACUCUGACAGUGAAAGCAGUGAAGCCAGUGACUGUGAUGAUAUUGAGGGCAGUGAUUGUGAUAACAAUGAAGAUAGUGGCACGUAAGAGUAAUAUGGUAAUGUUAAUAAAAAUAUAAUGUCUUUCUUGUUUGAAUGAAACCACCACACCUAAGUGUACUGUUAGUCUACCAAGUGAGAGGAGGUGGAUCUGGUAAAUCUGCCAAGUACAGUAAUCCACUAUGCAUGGCUCUCAAUGAUUAUGAGAAGGCAUUUGACUCAGUUCAAAUUUCAGCAGUCCUGCAGACAUUCAGGAGGCUGGGCGUGGAUGUAAGUGUAUAUAUACGUAUGUCAAACUUAUGAGGUAGAACUUACUUUUUAUUUACAAGCGCUUAGUCACCUGUUUCACCAAAAUGCUCACUCAAAAAACUCAUCCAGGUCACCACUCACAUUUUGCCUUUCUUAAAGUCUGUUAAUAUGCAUAAGAUAAUGUAAGAAAUUAGCCUGAGUCAUUAUGCAUCAUCUUGUAGCCACACCAGUCAUGUGAAAAACAUAAUGACUGGAGCUUAAUGAUUGCUCUUCAUUUUACUUGGAUUUUGCCUUUGUGGAGUGACUUUAGGGGAACUCAAUAUGUCACCCAAAACAGCAACAGGGUUUGGUAAAAAGAAUGCGAAGAAAAGAAAGUCUGUCAUGUUGUCAUGCGGUAAACCGAAUGUAGUUAAGCAUGUUGAGUGCUGUGGUUCUGUGAUUCAGAUAGGACAAACUGCCUUAUUAUUGUAUGAUAUCACUCAAAUGUACAUUUCAGGUGAUUUGGGGUGCCAUCCAAUAGUCCAAAAAAUCCACUAAUCCAAACAGGUGUGGUGGAUCCUCGGCUGUUUGGAUUAAUUGGAUUUUUAAUGUAAUAUGCAAAAUUACUUAUACAAGCUAAAUAAAAUUCAGAUCAUCUUAAUAGUGUAUUGUGCAUAUACACAAUCCACUUAAAGUGCUGUUGUAAAUUGUUUUGUGCCAAAAGGUGAAAAAAUCCUAUUAAAGAUUCUUAGGAUUUAUUUAGAAUCUCAAUGUCGAAACAAUGCAAACGUCCAGUCAUAAUUAUCUUCUGAAUCGGAACAGUUAAACAAAAGAAUAAACAUGGUUAUAUAUAACUAAUUAUGUUACAGUACACCACAAAGGCAGAGAUGCUGAGAAGUAUAAAACAGUAGCACAAAGGCUUGUAGUUUGUAACACACACUGAUACAGGUCAUGAUUAUGACUUAGGAUUAGUUAUUGAUUAACAUGUGAGAAGUUUUAUAAUAAUUAAUGUCUUACUAUUAUUAUUAUUAUUAUCAUCAUCAUCAUCAUCAUCAUCAUCAUCAUCUCUUACGGUUGUUUACACAAGGGAUAACAGGUUGUUCUGUACAAUGCAUGAGUAAGCAGACGUGUUGCUUCUCAUUGACUGACCUGUAGCAAGGGGUCAAGGCCAUAUGUCCAGGGGUGCUGAAUGCUGGUGUUGUUGGGACUUGUACCAUCAACACUAGGUCAUCUGUUACUGCUGAGGGAAACAUCUCAUAACAGAACGCAGCUUCUUUGUGAAAACUUCGGAUUAUCUUCAUGCUUGAAUGCAAAUAUGACCUGUACCUUGGGUUCUUUCUGUUUAGUAGUUAAUACUUUAUGGAAGUCUUCAGUGCAUGGAGAAACAAUACAAAGUGGGUGUUAGUGUAUGAUUUACUUCAUGAUCUUGGUACCCUAAUUUCAGGAUUUCAUUAUGCAACCAAGGGAUGUCAGAGCCACUAAUAAUUUAUCUAUUUUUUUUUUUUUUUUUUUUUUUUUGCCUGUGAAACUCAUAUAUU